ACGUUGCCAUCCCCCUCCCGGUGGGUGUGUUUGUGUGUUCGUAAAUUUGUGUGUGUGUGUGUGUGUGUGUUCUGCGCGAGUUUAUGUAUCAAGGAUAUAAUAGUUUUAUUCAUUCGGGAACAAGGCACCUCAGACGGAGGAACCUCACCUGCACACUGGCCUGAGAAGAACUUCACUGUCAGACAAGAUGUUUCAGAUUAAAAAGAUUUGCUGUAUAGGCGCUGGGUAUGUUGGAGGUCCGACAUGUAGUGUCAUUGCGAGCAUGUGUCCCGAGAUCACCGUAACAGUAGUGGAUGUUAAUGAAUCCCGGAUCAAAGCCUGGAACUCUGACACCCUGCCCAUCUACGAGCCGGGUCUGAAUGAAGUGGUGUUGUCUUGCCGCGGGAAGAACCUCUUUUUCUCCACAGAUAUCGACUCUGCCAUUAAAGAGGCAGACCUGGUCUUCAUUUCUGUAAACACCCCAACUAAGACAUAUGGUAUGGGCAAAGGUCGUGCUGCUGACUUGAAGUUUAUCGAGGCAUGUGCACGGCGGAUCGUGGAGAUGUCAGAUGGGUAUAAAAUCGUUACGGAGAAGAGCACGGUGCCGGUCCGUGCAGCUGAGAGCAUCCGCAGGAUAUUUGAUGCAAACACCAAACCCAGCCUCAAUUUGCAGGUGUGUUUGUGUGAGCAGCUGAUAUAUGGGGAACUUGACCAAAAAAUGUCCAUGAGAUUUAAUCCAGAGUUUGAGGAUAAAUUGUAUACAAUUGUAUAAAGGAAAGUGUCACCA